CCUAGUGGCGAGCGCUGCGCUGGGGGCUUUGCCCCGCCGCCAGCCCGCGGGGCCGAGGCGGGGAGGCUGGGCCGGCGGCUCGCCAUGGAGAGCGAGUACUACGGCGGGGACCAGUCAGAUGAUGGUGGAGCUACUCCAGUGCAAGACGAGCGAGAUUCAGGAUCUGAUGUGGAAGAGGAAGCAAAUGAGCAGCAUUCUGGAUCUGAGAAUGGAAGUGUAGGGCACCAUUCAGAGAAUGAGCACAGUGAUGGAGAAGAUGAUGGGCGAAUGGGAGAGCCCCACAUGACAGACUCUGAAAAUGAAGAUAUCCCAAGGCAAAAAGACAGUGACUCAGAUAACGAAGAGCCUCCAAAUCACAAUGUAAGUGAUUCAGACAAUGAAGCAGCUCAUGGAGGGAAAGACAGUGAUUCAGACACUGAGGACUGUCCAAAUCGGCAUAUAAGUGACUCUGAAAAUGAAGAUGCCUUAAAUCAUCGAGCAAGUGACUCUGAAAAUGGGGAGCCUCACAGGGAUCACAGUAGUGACUUUGAAAAUGAGGAAUCACACAAGCAGCCGGCCAGCGACUCAGACAGCGAGGAGCUGCACAAGCAGCCGGCCAGUGACUCAGAGAGUGAGGAGCUCCGCAAGCAGCCAGCCAGUGAUUCGGAGAGUGAGGAGCUGCGCAAACAGCCGGCUAGCGACUCGGAGAGCGAGGAUGUUUCCAGACACAAACAAGAAAUAGAGUCUGAGGAUAGUGAUGCAGAGGACAGGAAGGAGGAGGUGCAGAAUGAUUCUCAUCAUUCAGAUAACGAACACAUAAGGGAAGGAUUUCAGGCCUCUGACAGUGAAGAGGAAGCUCCUAAGAGACGAAAAAUAUCUGACAGUGAUGAGGAAGAGAAAGAGGAGGAGAAGACGGUGAAGAGGAAAACCGCUAUCCUUUCUGACAGUGAGGAUGACGAGAAAACACCUGCUAAAAAAGUACGAAUCCUUUCUGAUGUUGAAGAAUCAGAUAGCGAUGCUGCUUCAGAGAAAUCUGACAAAAGGAAGAAAAAUGUUGUAUCAGAUAGUGAGGAAGAAGAAGAAGAAAGAAAAGAAAAUGCUGGGAAGAAAAAAGAGGAGAAAGAUCUAUUUGGCAGUGAAAGUGAAUCUGGAAAUGAACAAGAGAACUUGAUUGCAGAUAUUUUUGGAGAAUCUGGUGAUGAGGAAGAAGAGGAAUUCACAGGUUUUAACCAGGAAGAUUUGGAGGAAGAGAAGGGUGAUGCAGACAUGAAGGAAACAGCCGAUGAAUCAGACUCUGAUGAUAACAUCAAAAGAGGGAAGCAUAUGGACUUCAUGUCAGAUUUUGACAUGAUGCUGCAGCGAAAGAAGAGUAUGAGUGGGAAGCGUAGACGAAACCGUGAUGGUGGAACUUUCAUUAGCGAUGCGGAUGAUGUAGUCAGUGCUAUGAUUGUGAAGAUGAAUGAAGCUGCUGAGGAGGAUCGACAGCUGAAUACACAAAAGAAACCAGCACUAAAGAAAUUAACUUUGCUACCAACUGUAGUUAUGCAUCUUAAAAAGCAGGACCUCAAAGAGACUUUCAUCGAUAGUGGUGUUAUGUCUGCCAUCAAAGAGUGGCUUUCUCCCCUUCCAGACCGAAGUCUGCCAGCAUUAAAGAUACGAGAGGAGCUUCUGAAGAUCCUGCAAGAGCUGCCCAGUGUGAGCCAAGAGACGCUGAAGCACAGUGGCAUUGGACGAGCUGUGAUGUACCUCUACAAACACCCCAAAGAGUCGAGACCUAACAAGGAUAUGGCAGGGAAGCUAAUCAAUGAAUGGUCUCGACCCAUCUUUGGCCUUACCUCAAACUACAAAGGCAUGACAAGAGAAGAGAGGGAACAGAGAGAUUUGGAGCAGAUGCCGCAGCGAAGGAGGUUGAGCAGCUCUGGUGGUCAGACUCCCCGCAGGGACCUGGAGAAAGUGCUCACUGGAGAGGAAAAGGCUCUUAGACCCGGUGAUCCUGGGUUCUGUGCCCGUGCAAGGGUGCCAAUGCCCUCCAACAAGGACUAUGUGGUCAGGCCAAAGUGGAAUGUGGAGAUGGAGUCCUCCAGGUUCCAGGGGACCUCUAAGAAAGGGGUGAGUCGACUGGACAAACAGAUGCGGAAAUUCACAGAUAUCAGGAAAAAAAGCAGAUCGGCCCAUGCAGUGAAAAUCAGCAUUGAGGGCAAUAAGAUGCCAUUGUGACCCUUCACAGAGUACCCUAUGAUCUCUGCUGUAAGACAGUACACCCACAGACUCUUUGGAGACCUUUAAAUUUUUUAACAGCUUGUUUGGGCUUUUUUUUUUUUUUUUCUUUUUCUUUUUUUUUUUUUUAGUGAAUCUUUAAAUUGGUUCAGGUUCUGGUAUAAGAUGAUGUCCAAGGACUGUGAAUAUGGGGACUUCUUUCUCCUGACUGUAUUUAAACUUGCUGUAUUGUGUCCUUUGUACAGAUCCUGUAUUUGUUGUAUUGCAACACUUGAGACAAUAAAACAUC